AUGUGUUUCUACAAAAUGGUGUUCUCUACGUUUUUAACGGUGUGGGUCUUCAUAACUGCAAAAGGUAUACACGGAGAGAUAUUUACGUCGCUCUCACAACUCAAAGGCCUUGUUCGCUUGGAAGGCGCGCUGUCGAAAACUCUUGACAAUUACCUGGAACAACAAUCGGAAGCUCCCGAUAUUAUACGAAAAUUUGCCGAUCAUGUUAGAAUGGAAAGCCAAAUCGCCAAAAGCGAUAUUGAGAGGUACGUGUUUCACCCCAUCAAUUCCUUUCAGCUUGUGAGACGGUUUGUAAGGCAUUGGAAAGAGCUGGGAUCAUAUCUUGAAAAAGGAGCUCCAAAUGGUGAGUGCGAAUAUUACAGCUUGUUUCAAACCAAGGUCGUAUAGCAAAAAAGUAAAAAAAAAAACGCAUGGAUGAGCGAGUGCAUUGUUGACUUACACGGAACAAGCGCAAAUUUUCUAGGGCAUGUGAGGCUUGCUAAAGAUGCACUAGCAGCUUAUCCGUCUUUAAUAGUUCAUAUAUUUAAAGGGAACAGGUUCACGGUUCAGCGCAUGCUCAUUCAUCAAAAUGCUGUUUUUCUGCCGGGACAUGCUGUAUCGUCUAUACAUGGAAUAUGAUCAUGUAAUAAUGUUGUCAAAGAACCAAUCUCCACACUCCCCUGGUAGUCACUUGCACUUGAUCAACUUAAAUAUUUGCAAAUAGCUGUAAAUUAAUCAACCAAGGAACAAAACCAUCGAGUCAACAAUAAAUUUAACGUUGGUAGUGUUGGCAUAAUCCACUAAUUUUUUCUACCAUUUUAGUACUCCUCCAUCCUCCUUCAGGUUACUCUGAAAUACACUUUUUACUUUGAAAUACACUCUGAGAUCGCUGAGAUACAUGUGAGCGGAAAUAUUAACCGAUAGAAUUAAUAAUAAAUUGGAAGAAAGUAAUUUAAUUCAUGAGCAUGCGCUUAACCAUGAACCUGUCCCUUUAAAAGGAAAAAAUUCUUUUUUAAUUUGGUCUGACUUUCAUGUUUAAGAUCUUCAGUGGGAGCUUAGAAUUAACCGCCCAGCAUUUCCAACGUACCAAGACUUCACGGGAAGCAUUUCAGCGAUUCUGCGCAUUCAAGAAGUUUAUAAACUUAGCGCAUGCGUAGUCGCUGACGGUAAACUGCACGCUGGAAACAACAGUGGGAGACUGGGCGCAGAUGAAUGUUACGAACUGGGUGUCGUCAGUGAUUCGAAGAAAAAUUACGAUGAUGUCAUCGAGUGGAUGAGGGAAGCGCUAAAGCGUAUGAGCGCGCCUUAUGAAUACAGCGGCGCACUGUCAAAAGUUGAUGUCCUGGAAUAUUUGUCAUGGGCCGAGUACAAGGUAGGUUUUAACCUCGUUCCCAGGGUCCUCUCCUACUCGUCUUUACGUGGAGACGAGUAGUAGAGAACUGGGUACAAGGUUGGGAGGUCUAUCUGCUUGAAAUAAGAGGUUUUGUUUUGAAACCAAAGUUAGUCAGAAACAUUGAGGCUAAGUGGCUAUGCUACUAGUUCCAGUUUUCAUCUGGUGUUAGUUUGAUGCCGAAAGAUUGUUUGAUUUUCACAUAAAGGCUGUCAAGAACUGUAAUUAUUUGGCCAGAAAGGGUUUCACAUAAUUCACCCUUCACUAUUUUCAAAUAUCCUUCUCGAAGUCUUUCAUCUGAAUCAUCUGCAUGAAAACGAGGUUGUCUAAACCCAAAGUAAACUCGUCCCCAGGGUGUUUUCCUUGGAAAAUGGGAGGAAAAGUCCUGGGGACGAGGUUGAACCCAACGCCGCUCUUGUGGGAGCGACCAGGCCUUUUGCAAAAUAAGCGUCUAACAGUUAUUUGCUAGAUAUGAGAGAUCUCGAUAUGAGUUCAGGAGGUCAUAGGAUUGCGCUUAAAUUAAUGAAAUUUGCAAAAAUAAAGCUAUCAUUAGCUAUUAUUUCUACCGCGUUCAUUGCGCGGUAUUUCUUUGGGUUCCUAAUGAUUUGCCAAAUCUGCUGUAUAAUUAAACGAACUUGUCCCAUGAAAUAAAAAGACAAAAACGUUCAGGACAUUUGAACACUCAGCAGAUCGAAGUUUUAGCCUCUGUGAGGCAUUAAGAAGUUAAAAACUUUUUAAAAAGAUCUCAGCUAGUUUUAGACCUCGAUAUUUUAAUAAUCGAUUUUAAGAUCUCAAAUUUUUUACUUGUAAACAUAUUUUGCUUUUUUCGUAAUAAUUAAUUGAUUAGUUAAUUAAUGCAUGAGGGCCCCACUGAAAACCGCCUUGGCGAGUUGGGCUCCCUCUAUAAAUAUUAUUAUUAUUAUUAUAAUUAUUAUUAAGUUGCUAUUAAGUUUUAUUUUUUUUAUUUGUGCAUUAUAUUCUUACAGCUUGGGCUUCUCGAUGAUGCUAUCAUACACACAAAGGAUAUUCUACAAAAAGGUAUGGCUAAUAGUAAGGUGUUAGAAUUUUUUUUUUUAAAGUACGCUUUGAGUUUUUAAUGGUAAUGGUUGCAUACUACUUCAUUUCGCCUAACAAAGCUUUUACAAUGCCAUAUCGGCGCGUAAAGCAUGGUUUGGCUAGCUACAACAGCACCAUAAGCGCGAGCAAGUUCUCAUCGAUUCUCAAACGGCCUAUAUAUACGCAUAAGCACUACCUUAAGUAGGAUCUAGCACCUGGCCGCCCGUUUGGGGGAGGGGUUGGGACGAAGAAACGGUAGAGACUUGAGACUUUAGACGUCCUCAAGCACCAUAGCACAGGAAGAAAACUUCUACUUUCACUUGUGCUCCUCGUGUUUGUGCUCCUAUUGGUGCGGUGUUUUUGGUAUACUUGCUUUGUGUGUGUACGGCAUGCGUUGUGCUUGCGUCUCUACCAGGUUUAACAUUUGAUCUAGCUCAUGGUCAGGCUUUUGGAUUCGCGACUAACACCUUUUAACUGCUUUUUGCAGAUCCAAAGAAUGAACAAGCUAAAACUAACCUAGAUUACUUCAGAGCAGAGCGGUUAAAACGCGAUUUACUGACAGAGAAGUCACCCAAAAACGAAAUCAAUAAAAAAGGACAAUUUUCCCUCACUUAUGAGAGGUUAUGCCGUGGGGAAACUAGAAAGGCAAGUGGAGAAAACGCACACAGACUGGAGAACCCCGCAUGUUGGUAAAUAGCUAUUCUGUAGAGCGGGAGAUCUCGGGUUCCAUUUCCAGUGUCGGGUCAAUACUCAGGAUCUUGAAAUACCUUACUUCCUUUGCCCUGCAUUGUCCCACAUUAGAGUGGCACCAUGACGACUUCUUAUCCAGUCCUGUCUCUGGAAGGAGACAUAAAAAGACUAAGGCUACGUGAAAAGGGACGCAACAACUCCCAACAUUGUUGCGCCAACAAUGUUGGGAGUUGUUGCGUGCGUGUCGACAGUGGUCUGCAAACGGAUGCAACAACUCCCAACAAUAUUGGGACCUGCAGUGCAUCGUGGGAAGGAUACAACCCAUAAGUCUUUGUAAAACAUGCGUAAUGAGCGCGCGUGGCCCCAAUAAUGUUGGAAGAGCUGUGCAAACGGAUCCAACGUCGUUGCGCUACGCUUCGGCGAUCACGGAACAAAAGAAAUGUUGGGAGUUGUUGGCUGAAAAGUUUGACCGGUUUCAAACUUUGCGCAACAACAUCCAACAACAUGCAACAGGGUGUGCAAACGGACGCAACAUGUAACAUUCAACAAUGUUGCGUCCGUUUGCACGCAGCCUAAAAACAGAGGUGUCAUCGAUCAAUACUUUCUUGCUAAAUACAUUGACACUGAAAUAAAGUAGAUGUUAUUUUAUUCCCCCCACAUGUAAAGUGUUUUAUAGCUUACACAGAGGACAUAUACACAUCGGCGCACUGAUCAUGUGGGAAACAGUUUUAGGGAGAUGUAGCUUUGACUCUCAUACCAUUGGUAAUUAAUCCUCUCUGGAGAGUUUAAGCUUCACGUGUACGGCAAACGGCAAACGUCAGAAUCAAGUUGAGAAUUUCUCAAAAUGGAAAAUGAGUAGAUAAAACAACUCAAAACAAUUCUUAUGGAUAAAAAAUUGUGGGAAACUACUAAUUUAUGUCUAGAAAUGAUAAACAGUAAAACGACAAGUUAAGGGGAAACUUGGCCACGUGGUACAAAUUCGCGUUUGCCCUUUGACGUAAACGUGAUGCUUAACCUCUCUUCCGUUACAAAGGGGAAGACAGAUUAGGACUAUUCUUUCGCCACUUUAAAACGAGAAGGGAGCUAUGACGAGUUAACUUUCGCAAAGGCGUCUGGGCUGUUACUAAGGACAGGGAAAGUAAUUGGCCAAUAGCUGACCAUGCAGCGCGUCCCCGGUUACUUUCCCAGAAACAAUUGCGGACCGUAUUUCGGCCCCAGUUCUCUGAGAUGAAUUAGAAUCUUUUCAUGCAUUUCUGUAAGGUAAAUGAAUAAUCUUUCUAUACAGAGCCAAGAGGAAAGAGACAAACUCUUCUGCUACUACGACAACAAUCGUCCCGAGAUACUCCUGAAGCCAGUGAAAGUGGAGAUUAUAAAUUUGGAUCCAAAUCUCUACCUGUUUCAUGACGUUGUUACAGACAAGGAGAUAAACCACGUGAUUAAACUAGCAAGACCGAAGGUUAGUUUCCUCGUCGACGCUACUUAAGCUGACCGCUUCCCGCAAAAUUUUCUCUCUGGCGGGAAUAGUGUUUUUUUCGAGUGCCUGCUUUGAAGGCUAUCCUAGCACCCCUCAAUGCCGGACGCACUCCCAAUUUGUAAUUUCUACUAGUAAGUAGAAUUAUCGCUUUAGGAUAAAGUAGCACGACAUAAUUGUCUCAUUUAGCCGCAAUUGAAGCUGGACACUGAGGCAUGGAAUAUUAACGUAGGGAACGAACUCAUCUUUUGGGGAAAUGCAGACACAUGUUACGCUCCCUGUGCUCAAAACCCAACUGCUGUCCUGAUUUCAUCAAACAGUUAACAACCACAAAUAAGGUCAAAUAUUGCUCCCCAUACGGCGUCUUCCCAGUCCCUCUCGGUCAAUUUACUUCGGUGACGUGCAUCUUCUCUUGGACCACGUGACCCGAAACACUUUGGCCGCGCGAAAUAAUAAGGCCUAGGGACUAGGCAAGGUCAAAUAUACACUUUACUGCUGGGCUUAGUUUCAUGUGUGUUUGUUUUUGUAUUUAAUCGGCCCUUGAUCUUAAAUCACGUCUUCAAGACUUCACACCUUUGCUUAAACUGGUAAGAAUUUUUUUCAGCAGCCUUUUGUUACUGAAUAAUUUAUGUUGUUUGAAGUGUUACAUAACCGUCUAAAUUAUCAUAGUUGUCAUAGUUGAAUGUGUGUAAUUUUAAAUGCGUGUAAAGGGAAUCUGAUUGGACAUGUUGAGGUUUGCGUGGGACUGGGUCAGUGUUGUUUCGAAUUGCACUAUGGGACUGUGGAGACGCUAUCGCGUAUUUCAUUGGCUUUUUCGAGGUUUCACAGGAAACUGGCUAAAAAUUCGUUCCCACAAUGCAGUUGGACCCACCGAUCCGAUAUAUAGCAUAACCUCAAUUCUCCAAUAUUCAGCACUUAGAUUCUUACAUCGAGCUUUUGUUUGUUUUUCCUUCACAGCUUAAGAGAGCGUUUGUAACAGAUACAAGUAAUGGCAAUCAGAUGUCCGCCGAGUACAGAAUCAGCCAAAGGUUCGGAGCAGUUAGUUAGAACCGAUCCGAAAUAUUGAGAGGGGGUAGGGGAGGGGGGUUUGCUUUAGGAGAAUUUAGAAGGAAUCGAAGAAGUUAAUUUUUGUUUUGUUUUUUAAGUGCGUGGUUGGAAGACAGUGAUUCCUCCAUCAUCAACCUAAUAAGUAGAAGGAUUCAAGGGAUAACUGGGCUAUCACUUGAUCCUGCGCAUUCAGAACCACUACAGGUAAGUUUAAACCAAUGAUAUCCCAAGGGUAUAAUCAAACGUACCCCUCCAGUACCCUGAUAUGAUGUCAAAGUGUGCAUUGCAUUUCAAUACCCUUGUCGACAACGGACUAGAACUGCUUUACCCGCGUAGGUUAGCUCUGCAGUUUGCAACAGCAGUAUGAGAAUAAACUUGGUACACUCGAUCUUGUUAACGUCAAGUCUAAGCUUGGAGGUUUUUAUCGUGAUGACAAUAACCCUCGGAUUAUCCAACACCCCUAGAAUACUCUCCUGUCAAGAGACUAUAAAGGGGACAGAGAGGGCAUCCCCCAUAUACACCCUAUUCCUUAGGUAAUUCGUCUCGAGUUAUUUUUAGAAUCGGGAUAAAGUUACCUCGCGCGAGGCGUGGAUGUUUCGUGGAGGUUUCGCAUGACCAAACGCCGUGCAAAACAUGUCGGGCGAGAGGCAAUCAAAGCGUAAAAAGAUCGAGAGCAUUCCUGAAUAUUGAAGCGAAAUGAGUCGGCGCUCACCUGGGAAAAAGGAAUCGCUGGACUCUUUGACAACCUGUGAAAUCAGUUUAACUCGAAGUUGUCGUCACCUCAGUGCUUUAAUAAAAUGAGAAAUUUCGCCGGUCUAUUGAAACCGGUCGUUCGUACAAUUUAGGGAGUUUAAGAUCCAACGACGCGGACGACAACUAGAACGUCAAAAAAACAAUAGGUUUAAUUACCAAAACAACAACUUCGCACGUGCAACACACUUUUUUGUUCAUUUCUUUCCCGUUUUUGCACGACUACGACGUGAAAAUGCCUAAUUUCGCGUUUUAUGGAGGACGUAAAUAAGCAACGACGAAAUUUUAUUUCUCUUUCUGAGCUUGAAUAUGGUCCCUUGAAAUUCAGCUUUAGGAGGGUUCGCCUACAAUUGACAAAGUAAGUGGGUAGGAACAAUCGCUAUAAAGACUGAAAAAAAUAAACAUCAAACCAGAAAUUGCUCUCUUCAAACUGUAAAUUAUAACUGAUCCUGAGAGAAUAUUCAGUGUGUUAAGGAUUUCCCUGCUCUACUGUUAGCUCUAUACAAGAGAGGAAGGGCGAUUCUUUUUUAAUUUCAGUUUCGCCGACACAGCUUUCGCAGAAAUCUCGCUGUAGUCGUUUUCGUCCACAAAAGGAAUAGCAAAAUCGCUCUCCGCGUCUUCCCCCAUUUUGUUCUGCGUCAUUUCGUGAAGGAGGCGUGGCUCUCAGUGUGAUUCAUCCACGCGGAACACAUUCGCGCUAUGUGAUUGGCUGUUGUCUAAUCCCCCUUGAGAUCUGUGGUGUUAAAAAUAACUCGAGACGAAUUACCUAUGGAAUAGGGUGUAUAUGGGGGAUGCCCUCUCUGUCCCCUUUAUAGUCUCUUGUCUCCUGUGUAUUCGAUAAAAAAGCAGUUGGCUUAUGUUAUCUUAUUCUCGCCAAUUUUUUGACCCAUAAGAAGGUAACUUACUUCUGUUUUCUCUCAGGUGGCUAAUUACGGCAUCGGAGGACACUAUGAGCCGCAUCACGAUUACGUCCAGGUAUAUCCUCUCGUUAAAUUGAGAUUUCGAAUCCACGUAGAAAUUAACCUCGUUCCCAGGUUCUCUCCUGUGACGAGUCAUUCACCACUUUAGAAACGAGAAAAAUUAACGUUCGUCUGGGACUGUUACUACGGAGGGAAAAAUUAACCAAUAACCGACGGCGCGUCACCAGUAACGAUCCAGAAAAAAUUGCGGCACACAUUUCGGCUCCAGUUCCCUUCUCUCUUAGUCUGCUACAAAGCCGUUUUUGGUGUCGUCAUGCAACGCUCCUCCCUUGGGAAGGAGCGUUGUGUGACGACACUAAAAACGGCUGUGUAGCAGACUACUUCUCUCUUGCUUUGUCUGCGCAUUUUUACCCCUCCAGUUUACUUUCGCUCCAGUUUUCGUGCUUAGUUUCCACAGGAUAGCCCGCGUUGCAGCGGGACUUGUUACUAAAGAUUUUGGAGUUUGCCCCCAAAGUAAUUCUUGACUGCUUACAAGUAUAACUAAACUUUCAGAAUUCAGACCGAAGUCUACCUCAUGGUGAAGUUGGCGAUAGGAUUGCUACGAUGUUGAUUUAUGUAAGUUCCCCGCACAGCGAUAGAAUCUUAACAUCAAUUUUUUAAGCCACUAAAACAAUCAUUAAUAGAGUUCGAUCGUAAAUAACAUAAAUUCCGAGUGCGCCAGUUAAACGAGGUAACCAGGGAUUCUUUUGUUGGAAUUUUCAUUGGACUUAAUGUUUGUUUUAAUGGAGGUGAAUGUUAAACAAGACGCUUCUGUAGCGUAUAAUUGGGCUUCCCCAAGUUCUCAAGGCAUUUGCAUGUGCAAUUUGCGCUCAGUACUCAAUACUCGGUUUUUAAUUAGAUAGAUUGGAAUUCAUGAGCCCGACCGUGUCUUAACUGCAUAUAACGCAGGCGCAUUAUGGUGCGAUUGCAGCUUUGUGGUUUGUCUGCGAGAAGGCACUGAUCGUGUUCACGCUUCGCCUAAAAAGAGACUAGUCAUAGGCAAUCCUGCUUCUAGAAUCUUCAUGGCCCUAAUCCAGUAAAGGCGGUAGCCUAGUGAUUCCUGGUACCGACCCGCAAAAGGAACAAGAUUAAGUAAGGCAUUACACAGGACACCCAAGUAAUUGCCUAUCGCCUAUACACCAACGUUGACUUUGUAUUGACCAGGAAACCAGUACUUACACUUACUUUCUCUCGCGCGCAGUUGAGUGACGUAGAUGCUGGCGGCGCCACAGUGUUUUUGGAUAUUGAAGAAUUUGUUCAUCCUCAAAAGGUUUGUUUACUGACUUCUGAAUUUAACUUGCGGUUCCACUCGCACAUCAGACGUGAGAAAUCAGUUCGCAAAGGUGGAUCGAGGUUUUUUUUUGACGUUUGAUCAAAAUUUGUGCACGUUGUUGAAAAACUGUUUUUACGGGUAAUCCUCUCUCUCUGGCUCAUUAGCAAAAGGUUAAUGGUCAGAAUGUAGAGCCAUUCAUUAGAGAUAGAGCAAGCCGUUGACAUGUCAUGUUUAAAAACUGAUUAGCUACGCAAUUUUCAUUUUUAACCAAGGUUUGAACGUGUCAUCACGGCUGCCAUAUUGGUGGCUAAGAACAAAAGCAUUUUUCUCCUCGUGAAAAUGCCUCAAAAGAUGUCUUAUGCAUUGACCACUAACAUGGUCGCUUUCUCAUGUUAUGAGACGUGGUUGCAGACCAAGACUGAAUUCAGUUCAACCAGGGUCAACGUUAGUUAAUCCUUUCAGUUUUCAAGAACAGUGCUAAUAUAGAGCAAUACAACAGUCAACAGCGAAAACAGUAAAAUCAGUUAAAUAUUCAGCAAAUCUCUUCUUUCAUCACUUAAUACGUCGCCAGCGUUGCAUUUACGGACAGGGUCAAUAGUCCUCAAAAUUCUUAAGACUAUUCAAGCCAGCCCUGUUAUAAACAUUCUCAGCCCGUUUAAAUCUUCUUUUCUUGUUUUGCAGGGUGACGCGGUAUUCUGGUACAACCUUGAUAAGAACGGCUUUCCCGAUGAAAGGACGAAGCAUGCCGCUUGUCCAGUGGUUGUAGGAUCAAAAUGGGGUAAGUAUCUUUAAACACGUGCCAUUUACUUGUUCUGUGUGGCUUCCGCAGCAACCAGUCUCGUCAGAGCUGAACUCGAUGAAAAUAUGUGUUAUAUGACGUAUUAAAUGACGUAUUCGCGAGCGCGAAUGGCAAGGGAAGUUUGGAGUUUGAGUGAAUGGUUUGUGUUGGGGGGGGAAGGAGUUGCAGAUAAGCUUUGCGCAGGUCAGUUUUACAAACUGCGUAAUCUCCAGUACCUGUACAUAGUAUUGUAAAGACGCAAAAACUCCUCAAAUAACUCGAAGUGAGAGUUCUGAAUGCAUCAGAACUUACGGCUUUUCCCUGUAAAACAUUUCUUUGAUUUUAAAUAUUUAUAAAUUGUUGUCUUUUGUAGUUGCCAACAAAUGGAUCAAUGAAAGAGGGCAGGAGUUUCGCAGACCAUGUUUACCGACGUCAUGACCAGCCUUUUGGUUUCUAAAAGUUUAUAUAGUUAAUAUUUAUUUAUUUACUUUACCAAUAUAUUAUACCUAGACUAUACGCGGUUGUCACCAAUAAAAACUUAGGAAUACAGUUCCUUUGUAUGGGCCGCGAAAGAUGAUUUUUUAGUCAGUGACUCAGGCGGCUCGUAAGGAAAAAAUCCGAGUACUCCCAAUAUAGGAGUCGAAUCUACUAAUCGCCCCCUAAAUCCGGAGAAUUGCGGUCGUUUCGCUCAAAAGUCGAUUCACCGGCCAGGACAUUAGUCGAUUCGCCCGAUGACAUACAACACUCCACAACGUGGUUAACACACCUUUCGAGAUGUUAUUUUAGUUACCCUUGGCUUCCACACGUGCAGUCACACCGUCUUUCCAUGCUUAUUCCCUUUUUUCAGAAAUACGCCUCAAGCGAAUCGACUUAGUCUAGGGGAACUGCUAUCGGACGAAACCAUACCGAUCCAUCAACUAAGGUACAUGAGACUAAUGGGAGCCAAGGUCAUGUGACAAACAUUCUGCAUACUGCUAGGACUACAGAAUGUCGAUAUGUGCUUAUGCGCACUGGUAGAUAUUAUUUUAGCCU